CCAAAGCCUGCAUAUUUUGGCUUAAUUUUAAUUCAUUUCAUGCCCAAAAGUCAUUACUUUUGAACUGUUUGUGCUAGAUGCAUGACAUUUUCCGGGAUUGUUGUCUAGUAUAAGAUGACUUUAACUAACUUCUAAAAAAGAGAAUGAAUAUGCAGCUGUGGACCUUCUAUUUUUUGCAGGAACAUUAGGGCCACACCCCCUUAUUCAAGCCUCUGUAUCACAGAAAAUAAUGCAAAUACAAGCCUGAAAUCCUGCAUACAAUUUAUUUGGAAUAAUGACAUUAUUUGCAAAGUAUGAAGCAAGUCUGAGAUGGUCAGUCAGGAGGCUUCCUGUGAUUUCACAUGGAUUGACCCUGCUAUAUACUUUAUAUACAGCAUAUACAUGGAUUAUCAGCUGCCUCAGAAAGUAGUGUUCAGGCAGCUAUGAGACAUUUAAUAUGUCACAGAGACUUGUUUUUCUCAUAUAUUCCAGACGGUGGUUAUAUGGACGCUGCAUGUUAUGGGUCACUGAGCAGCAGUUAACUGGAAGCUCCAACAACAGGCUGUUGUAAAUCAGAGGCAGGGCUGUGAUUGAAAGUGAUUUAAACCCCAUUCACUUUAUGAGUUUAUUGUCUCGGCAGUGCGCAGCUCCAGAAAGAAACCCUGCCAUUCAGAGGAGUGCAGAAUAAGGCGGGCGACAGGCACUUCAAUCCGCCGUACACUCCUACAACAAUGACUGAUAUCUGCUUCAGAAUUGCGCGUCUUAAAAAACCCCAGCUCUGCUAUUCAGACUCGCUGAUGUGAGGCUGAAGCUCUUUUGUCUCCGCUAUCAUCUCCUGUGUUUUUGUUCUUCCAGCACACUGGCAGAAAUUGGCGCGAGCCUCAUUUUCCCAUGUAAGAAUAGCAGUGAGUUUUGAGAUCUCUGAUCUCCCGGGAGAGUUGCAGCCAGCUCUGAGAGGCAAUCGUUCUUUUUCUUUUCUUUUUUUUUUUUUUUGUCGUGAUGUUGUGGAGGUCACCUUAAAUGGCAAUUUAGUGUUCGCUGCUCUCUCCCAAGCUUCCAGACCUAAAGAGGAGCUGGAGUUGAACCUGUUUUAUUGAUUUGAGAAACAGACGCUUGGAUUGUCUUGACGGCCCGGUUGUAGCAUUCAGACGUCUCUGUUAAUGAUGUUCACACAAUGCGAGGGGGGUUUGUGAACUUCCACAGAGGUCGUGACCCUGUCCAGAAACAGCAGCAUGCGAGAGACAUGCCAGUAAUUGGAUUGGAUUAUUUUGGGGUUCUCCGUGCCUGGGGACGCUGAACACACUCAGAGAGCACCAGGACUGUCUGCACCAGGUGGUUCAUGAGCGUCUGGGGGAGCUGCUGCGUGUGUUGAAGUGUGUGAUUGCUAAACACCCCACACUCAACUCAGUAGACAUCCUCACUGCAGCGGGCACGCUCAUCGCCAAGGUCAAAGGUGUGAACUUCAAGGAAGUGAAUGAGGACAACAAGCGCGAGCUGUUCGGAGAGAUCUACUCGUCUGUAGACACGCUGGCCUUCACCUUCGGCAAUGUAGUGUCUGACUUCCUUAUGGGCGAUGUAGAGAAUGGAUCGUCUUUGCGGCUCGCCCAGACUCGAAGGAGCAGGUCUUCAGAGAACCUGUCGGUAGAGCUGGGUAGAGACGGUUCAGAGAAAAAUGACCCUCCAGGUCCCGCCUCCCCCGUGCGGGUGUUGGAGCUGGACGACGUUCUGCAGCGCAGCGCGAGUGGUGUGGAGUCGGCCCUCCUCUACGCCAAAGCCUGGUCCAAAUACACCAAGGAGCUGCUCAACUGGGUGGACAAACGCCUCAGUAUGGAUGUGGAGUGCGCCAAAAGCCUCGCCAAGAUGGCCGAAUCAGCCAAGACGCUCGCCAGCCAGCAGGAGCACAUGCCGUUCCGUGAUAUUUACAUGUCUGCCUUCAAGAACGAUAUCGACUACAGCCAGGUGCUGCUCCACACAGCCUCGGCUCUACAGGCUAAUAAAUUCAUGCAGCCUCUUCUGGCGAGGAAGAACGAGCUGGAUAAGCUGAGGAAGGAGAUGAAGGAGCAGUGGCAGAGGGAGCAGAAGAAAAUGCACGAGGCUGAAAGCGCUCUGAAGAAAGCUCGCUUGUUGAAGGAUCAGAGACAGGAGGAGUACGAGCGAGCGCGCAGUUCCACCAGCCGAGCCGAGGAGGACCAGCUCGGAGCAGGGGGCAAGCAGCUGGAGAAGAGACGCAGACUGGAGGAUGAAGCUCUGCAGAAAGCUGAAGAGGCCAGAGAGCACUACAGACACUGCAUCACCGACGUGAGCGUCAAGAAGCUCGACCUGGCCAACGCCAAGAGUGACAUCCUCGCCCAGAUCCGCGCACUCAUCUUUCAGUGUGACCUGACGCUUAAAGCGGUGACGGUGAACUGGUUCCAGAUGCAGCAGGCGCAGGCUGUCUCUCUGCCCGUUAAUAACCAGACCCUGUGUGAGAGUGCGAAGCUGUACGAGCCCGGGCAGCGCUACACCGAGUUUGUGAAGAGUCUCACUCCGGACAGGAGCCGAGCCGAAUCGUUCUCCUACGACGUAGCUGGCAGUCAGAGCGCAGGGUCUCCUCUCACAAAGAGGUCAGUUAGCACCAGUCUGUCGUCUCAGGUGUCCAUCACCUCCGGAGACUGUCUGAGCUCGGACGAGGUGGACGCCCUGGCUCCGACCCGCACGGCCAAGAUCGCAGAGAGACGCUCGCACAGCAGCACCGACAUCCAGGUUCUCCGGAUCCAGGUUCCAUUUAAGCCCUGGACUACGUCGGGUCAGGGAGGGGGCAUGUGCAGCGACUCAGAGAGCGCCGGGGGCAGCAGCGAGUCUCGCUCGAUGGACUCACCUACUGCUAGUCCAGGGGAUUUUAAAAGGAGGCUUCCCAGAACACCGUCCACUGGAACGAUGUCUUCAGCAGACGACCUGGACGAGAGAGAGCCGCCUUCGCCUUCCGAUAACGGUUUGAGCGAGAUGUUGACAGAGACGGCGAGUUCUCCCGGACCUUUCCGGAACACGCAGAUGUCGAAGGCGGCGCAGACCCACAAGCUGCGAAAACUGCGCGCUCCGUCUAAGUGCAGGGAGUGUGACAGCCUGGUGGUGUUUCACGGUGCCGAGUGUGAGGAGUGCUCUCUGGCCUGCCAUAAGAAGUGUUUAGAGACGUUGGCCAUCCAGUGUGGUCAUAAGAAGCUGCAGGGGAAACUGCACUUGUUUGCUGUGGACUUCGCCCAGGCAGCGAGAAAUAGCCCCGACGGAAUCCCCUUCAUCAUCAAGAAGUGCACUUCAGAGAUCGAGAACAGGGCCCUGGGCAUUAAGGGAAUCUACAGGGUGAACGGAGCCAAAUCACGUGUGGAGAAGCUGUGCCAAGCUUUUGAGAAUGGGAAAGAUUUGGUGGAGCUGUCAGAUCUGUAUCCUCACGACAUCAGCAAUGUGCUGAAACUCUACCUGCGACAGCUUCCCGAGCCUCUCAUCCUCUUCCGUUACUAUAACGACUUCAUCGGCCUGGCGAAGGAGAGUCAGAGCAUCAUCAUGGAGGAGGUGGAGGCAUCUCGCAGCGGCUCCUCCUCCGAUCCUCCGCAGAUCAGCGUCGAGCUCAAACGCGUCCUCUUCAAAAUGAAAGACCUCCUGAGGCAGCUUCCUUCAGCGCAUCACAAAACCCUGCAGUUCCUCAUGCAGCACCUGCACAGAGUAACUGAGAAAGCAGAGGAGAACAAAAUGACUGCCAGUAACCUUGGCAUCAUCUUCGGCCCAACGCUGAUCAAGCCGCGGCAGACGGACGCCGAGGUGUCGCUCUCGUCACUGGUGGAUUAUCCGUACCAGGCGCUGAUCGUCGAGCUGCUCAUCAGGCAUUACGAGCUAAUCUUCGAUUCUCCGCUCAGCCCCGUGGACGAGAGCUCACCUCUGUCCAUCAAAUCCCGCUUCACCCCUCAGGAGAAGGAACAGCGUCUGAACCGCCACUCCAGAUCGCUGUUGGACAUUAAAGAGCAGCACCACAGUGCUAAGGCUUAUAAAAGGCACUCGUCUGUGAUUCCCUCUACACACCUGCUGGAAGAAGUGAAAGAGGUGAAAGCAAUGCCUGAUGGGACAGAUUUUGCUCCGGUCGAGCAGGAGAGCUUGAACGGUGUGUUCUCCUCGAGCGCUCCUGAAGUACGGAACUCACCCCGACUGAUUCGGCAGAACCACGUCAGCCGAGUGCAGCUUCGGCCACGUCCCAAACCGAGCUCGCGCCCCAUGAGCAUGCCUCCUGAGCGGCUCCUGAAUGCCCGCAACUCCGCCUCUGACCCCGCAGUUGUGAAAGGUCGCGACCCUGCCAUCGAAGAGGUUUCUGAAGAGGAGAAGCCCAAAGGCAGAGCUGCUAAUCACUACAGGAACACGUAUAUAGACACACACACACUGCGCAGGACGUGGGAUAAACAGUACAAACACUACGGGAUCACUCCUCGCACGGCCAUGAUCGUGGCCAAACUUCCUGGAGAUACGGAAAUUAGUCGCGUUACACUUUCAUCCACCUCCACACCAUUGUGUAACAGCACUAGCAGUAGCACUAGCACUAGCAAGACAGAUGUGGUCGACUAUAGCCGUGUCCAAAACGCAUUUAGACCCCCUCGCACCCUUCAGCCUCCGCCCGGGACUUUCUACAAACCGCCAGGGAACCGGGACAAAACAUUAGCCCUAGAUCAAACGUUAGCGGACAAAACGUUAACGCAAGAGCAGACAUUAAGAGAAAAAACUUUGGAGGACAAAAGUGCUACGAUGAAAGAGGACGUGACGAACGCUAACAGCAUCGAGGAUGAGGAAGAUGAUGAUGACGAUGAGGUGGAGGAAGGAGUAGACGAGGAAGAGUUCAGCCUGGAGGUCUCUGUGGAUGAAGAUCCUGCUCAAGACCCUCAGCUCAGCCAAAUCCAGACCAAACCAGUUUACCCCAGACUGCGAGCGCGACACAUGCAGGACUUUGAGAACCGGGAAGCCCAUUUUGUAUGAGACACAUACUGUAUAAAGACGUUUUAUGAACUCUCACGCCUUGAGGACACAUUUUUAUACGUAUAUAUAUAUAAGCUUUAUAUAUAUUAAUAUAUUACUCCUUAUGUUUGGAGACGGCAGCUUGUGAUGAUGGAACAAGCUCGGGAGCCAGUAUUAAUACAGGAUGCACUUAGCUUUCUUAUGACACGUCAAUUUCAUUUUUUUUAUAAAGAAGAACAAAGAAAAGGACCUAAAUGAGAUGUUUUAAGGAGAUUUGCAAUCAGAAACAUAAUCCUGCACCUGAUAUAUACGGUUUUAAAGACACCACUAGCAGGACUCCAUCUUCAUUGUGCAAUUUCACUUUUUUAUCAUUCGCAUUGUACUGAACGUUUAAUAUAUGCAUGUUACAGUGUAUUAUGUACCUUUUACACCAAAAACAAUUUCAUCAACCCUU